AUGACUGAUGGCUCCCCUGGCACCUGGUGCCGGGCACGCAAAGAUGCGAAUGCUGCGCGCCAGGCGCAGAUCGUGGUGCAGGCUUGUGCGAAUCAGCACAGUGCUGGGCUGUUGCCGCCAACACGCCCCCCGCUUUCUGCGGCGCUCCCUCCACCUCCGGAGGGAAUGGUCAGCAUCACGGUGGUCACGCCGCGCAAGGGCCAUUACGACCUGCAGCUGAGUGAAGAUGCAGUCCCCGAAGACAUUCGCAGAGGUCUCGUUGAAGCGAAGACUUUUGCCAAGCCUUAUCGCGAGCCCAUGCUCCCGAAGUCGCGGGACGAUGUGGAAGUUAGGUUCGUGUACAGAGGCGUUCCACUCAGACCUACAGACACGCUGAAGAAGCGGAAUCUAGCUGGUGAGCAGCUCUUGGCAGUGCCAGGCAUCAAGGAGCCCCGGAACAGCCUUCGGCUAGCUGCUCCUCGUGGACUUCUCAUGACGUCCUCGAGGGCCUGGAAGCCAUCGCAGGCCAGGCAGCCUCGAGAGGCAUUGCUGAUUGAGCCAGAGCUUGGCACAUAUUCUGCGAAUCUUGUGCAUCCUGUUCUGAAGCCACAUCCGCGGCUGCCCAUGCCUACUUGA